CUUCCUUUUCGUAUUUGUGCUAGACCAGCCAAGCCUUACACACCUCGAUUCAGCUCAGAAUGGUCAAGGGAAAGCACAGCACAGCCGCCGGCUCAAGCAGCAGCGGAGCUGCAGGAAAGGGACAUGGUGGCCCGAGCAAAAGCUCCGGUGCAGGCACCUCCAGUCAGAACUCAAAGUCGUUCGAAAAGUUGUUCAGCGAAGGUCUGCUCAACCAAGGCAAGGGCGAGCGCUACAGCGAUUUCGGGACGGUUGAAGCUGUCAAGGCAAUGAAAUACUAUGCCAUGGCUGUCGAUUCAUUCAAGGCUGCAGUCGCGAUUGAGCCCGAAUCAACCGAAGCGCUGUAUCACUGGGGUCACAACCUCCUCAAGCAAGCCACCCUGUGCGAAGGUCGUCGACGAAAAGAGCGGCUCCUCCUCGACGCUGCUCAAGUGUACGAUGAGCUCGCCUUCCGGGGCGGAGAAGCGUGUGAUGUCCUGUUCAACUAUGGCCAGAUUUUUGUCAUGCGCGCUGAGUUGGCAGAGCAUGAUAACAAUGUUGCAUCGGCAAGCGCCUUGUAUGGUCAGGCCUGUGAAAAGUUCCGCGCUGCGUUUGAAAAGCAGCUGGUCGAGCUUGCCGUGGAUCAAGCGCUCGCAACGACCCAGGCCUACGCAUCCAGCAGUAGCAGUGCUGAACCGGCUCAUACGCAAUCAGCGCAACCAGUGGAUCUGACACCGACGACCUUGCGCGCCGCACUUUCCAGCAGCGCUGAACAGGAUGCAGACAACGACGGUUCGGACAAUGUGACACCCGAGGACGCCAUCAACUGCGCGACUGCUUGGGUCUCCGCACUCCGCAGUGCAGCUGCGUUGACGAAUACUCUGGACGCCAGCAACAUGCUGUUCGCCCAGGCCAAUACCGUGCUGGACAACGCCUCAAAGCUGGCCUCGGAGCGAAAUCUUGCCUUACCGGCGCUUGAGCUCGCGCUACAGCGUGCGGCCUUGCAAUUCACCCAAGCCGAGCAAGACGACAGUGCCAUUGGGCGCUCUUCCGGCGACAGGCAUGCAUUGUACUUGUCCUGUAUCGAAGGGCUCACGGCUGCAUUGGCGCAAUCUGCGGGUCUCGCCGCGGACGCCUCGGUACGCGAAGUCACCAUCCGAAUCCGCGGACAGCUCGCGGAAGCCCAAGUAUCCCUGGCCGAGAGCCUGUUGGAAGCCGACCAAGAUCAAGGCAGUGAUGACCAAAGCGGGCUAACGCGUGCUGACGAUUUGGGCAACCUGGCUCACAAAGGCUUCGCCUCGCUGCUAUCGGAAAGCAAGCCAAGCUCGGGUACCGACGAUGACGCCGACAAUUCCAUCAACUGGUACUCUCGAGCCGGCGAUGCGCUCAUGGCUCGAGCGCGUGUCGCCAUCCGCCGCGGCCAGUCCAUCGCUGGGUUGCUCGGUGAGGCGAUUCCGAUGUACUUUCAGUCUCUUGCGCUCGACGGCGUGCUGGUCAAGCCCAGCGCAGAAGCCGCAGGCAAGGGCAAGGCACCUGCCCAAAAGAGCCGGCGGGAUGAGGACGACGACGAAGCGGAACCGAGCGACGACGCCGAGCCCUCCCUCUACAACCUGGCAUGUGCCCACGCUCUUCUCGGGAAUGAAACUGAAUGUCAAGCGGCGCUCGAGACGGCGUUUCGUCUGCGUCUGCUCGACCUUGACGCGUUGCGAACCGAUACUGACUUUGCCGCGUAUUCUGGAGCAGCCUGGUUCCGAGCAUUGCGUUGAAAUGGACAGCAACCUAUUGUUUUUGGUGGAUGGUUUGUUUUUGGCUUUGUACUCUAAUAUGACUGCUAGAAUGAAG